GCCGCCUCACUACGACGACGCAGCCAGGCCGUGCGCCCGCGCAAUGGGACCCAGCGGAGACCAGUGAACAAGUGCUUGUGAACAGUGCGAAAAUACUUUCAGUGAAAUUCCUUUCAGAUGCCAGUGUAACGUAAGCCAUGACGCGGGACACUUACGAGAUGAACUCGAAUCGCCUGUCGCGAGGUAGUUCCCUGUUCGGGACAGAUCCUCAGACGCAGCUUAGGACAGCUCUCCGGACCAAUGACUACUCAACUUUCAAGAAACUCGUCAGCUACGGAGCCGUCGACCUGGACCACGUCUAUCAGUAUCCAGACUACAAAUCCUGCCUAGAGCUAGCACUCUCGGAACCAGGCAAAGAACAGUUCGUCAAACUUCUGCUAAGCCACGAAGUUAGCGUCAACAAUCUCAAUGAAACCCACGGCGCUGCACCGAUUCAUUUCGCCGUAGAAAGUGGUAAUCUGGAAGGACUCAGAGCCUUGUUGGAAGACGACCGCAUUGAUGUCAACAUCAAAAGUAAAGGAAACACAGCAUUACUUUUGGCAAUAAAGAAAAUUGAAGAUUUAGAAGAUGAUCGGGAACAUGAUUUGGUUAUUUAUGAAGAUAUGAUAGAACUGCUAUUAAAAACUGGGUGCAAUCCUAACUCGCCAGACUCAAAAGGGAUCACUCCAGUUUACUCAGCGGCUAAACAAGGUCUUGAGAGAGUGAUCACUCUUAUUUUGGAUUAUGCAAAGGAUCCCGUUGACUUAGAUACGUAUAAAGACAGGAGAGGAAAAUCAGCGCGUUAUUUUCUGAAAGAAGCUUUUCCACACUUACUAGCUAAGUUCGAUUCCUUUGGGGAAGUUAUCGAAACCAUUGACAACGACAAAUUAUUUUCAUAUCUCAGUAGACACGAGGAAGAAAAUUUUAUUCGAGAUUUUACUAUGCUAGUCAACAAGAACGAACACCGCCCUGCACUAUCGGCGAACAAUGGUAUGAACACUAUGUUACAAUUGGCUACAGAGAAAGGCUUUGAAAGAGUUGUCAACACGCUACUCUCCUCGGGCGCUGACCCCAAUGCUACAUGUUCAGGAAACACAUACAGACCCAUCGCAAUCGCCUGUCAAAAUGGAUAUUACAAAAUCUUAAAAAAGUUUGUUGAAAAUGAAUCUACUUUGUUUGAUCAAGUAAACGGCGAAUCCUUGAUUCAAAUAACAAUUAAGGGCAUGAGAUUAAAUGCCAAAAACUCCAACAGUGAUCAUAAAGGUUGUUUAGAAAUUUUAUUCAAACACCCUAAAAUCAACAUUAAUGUUAAUUAUCCAGAUCUAAAAGACAAUACAGCACUACAUUAUGCAGCAAGAAAUGGUGAUUCUGAUACAGUACUGGAAUUGUUAAGAAAUGGAGCCUGUAUUGGCUUGAGAAAUAAAUUUAAUGAACCUCCGCUGGCAGACAUCAAUGCAAAAACACUGGAGACAUAUUUAGACGAAUGUAUCACUACAAAUGGCGAACGACCUAGCGACGAUGAUUACGAAAUACACUUGAAAUACAGCUUCCUUGUUUACCCCAAUAACUCACUUGAAAACGAACUAAGUAAGCCUUUAAUGGACAAUGCUAACAACAACAUCAAAGAAUACGAUGCAAUUUUGGCACCAGAAACCGAUGCUUUGUUGUACAUGACCCGAAACGACGAAUUAAAACAGCUACUAAAACAUCCAGUAAUCACGAGCUUUUUAUAUUUAAAGUGGCAGAGAAUAAGCUGUCUCUUUUUUGCAAAUAUCACUUUCUACUCUCUUUUUUGGUUGUGUCUCAUCUUAUACAUAAUAUUAGGGUAUGGCGUUGAAAAUAAGCAAUCUAUUUCUAAUUCAAUCGAAAUACUAAAUGCCGUGACUCAUGUUGGUGCAAUUAUUGGUUUCAUAAUGCUCAUAAUACGUGAACUAUUUCAAUUGAUAGUAUCCCCAAGCAAAUACUUACAGAGCAUAGAAAAUUGGAUGGAGAUAGCACUGAUAUUCGUAACAGCCUGGAUUGUAUGCUACGACUCCGCCGCAGCGUCGACCAAGCAACAACUAUCUGCUAUAGCAAUUUUGUUAUCAUCUGCUGAACUAGUUCUCCUCAUUGGCCAAUUUCCUACACUAUCUACAAACAUCGUGAUGCUGAAAACUGUUUCGUGGAACUUCUUCAAGUUUUUGCUAUGGUAUUGCAUUUUAAUAAUUGCAUUUGCGUUAAGUUUUUACACAUUAUUUAGAGAAGAUAACGAGGAAGAUCAAACCCCGCCUAAUCCUAAUAAUACUGGGAAGGAAGAAGAAGAGGAAGACUUUUUCGAAGACCCUGGAAGAUCUCUAUUCAAGACGAUUGUCAUGUUGACAGGGGAGUUCGAUGCCGGGUCCAUAAAGUUCAGUACAUUCCCAGUGACCAGUCAUAUAAUAUUUAUGGUAUUCGUCUUCAUGAUUCCGAUCGUGUUGUUCAAUCUAUUGAAUGGCUUAGCUGUCAGCGACACACAAGAAAUCAGAGCAGAUGCCGAAUUAGUUGGUCACAUUUCUCGAAUAAGGUUAAUAUCGUAUUUUGAAAGUGUACUAAUUGGCAGCAUUCAUACUACAGCCUCGCGAUGGUGGUUUUGGCCGUCUUGUUUGGAGAACUUGCACAGCAUAAAACAGAAAUUGUUGAAACCUGUUGCGAAACGCGUAUGUUUGUUUCCAAACUUUUUGCCCAAAUACAGGAUUAUUGUGAAACCAAAUAAUGACAAUAAGAUUGAAAUUCCUCACGCGGAACCUUUGGGGAAGUUUGGAGACGAUUAUGAAGAUAUUGAAGGCGGUGGAUGCUGUUUUGAGCGCUGUCAGAAAUAUAAAUUAGAUCGAAAGAUUGUGAAAAAUGCUAAAAUUGUAAUAAGCAACAAAACAAAUGAGACAGAAUUCGACGAGAUAAAGAACAAAUUGACACAAACCGAGUUGAAAUUGGAGAAUGUCGAAAGUAUCCUCAAGAAAGUGCUGCAAAAGUUGGAAACUCAACAAAAGUAUUAAAAUAUAUGAUGCGCCUUAUUAU